AUGAAAGUGUUAGAGCUCAAUCGAGUAAUCGCGCUGCUGCUGCCGAUCGUUUUUUUGACGACAGUUUUUUCGAGCUUUCGAUCAAUUUCAUGUCAGGAGGAUAAUGACCAUCAACCGGCUCUGGACCCGAUGGAUUUUUCCUACCAAACGCUGUGGCAGUUCGCCAAAUCGGAGUGUGAAAAGCGCGGCUUUAACGCCUCGAUCAUCACCAGAUCUUGGAUCGAUGUACGCCGUUGCUUCCGGAAGAGCAUUGACGUCGUUCAGUUCAAUACCGAUUCCAUCCGGCUGAAUGUGGACAACCAGCAGGCGGUUCUGGAGAAACAUUGUCCAAAUUUGAUGCAAGCCACGAGUUGUUUUGGUCCGUUUAUGAUCACGAUCAGAGACUGCGUCCCGGAUGAGAACUAUGAAAUCUUUGAGGCCCUCCAGCAGUGGAUCACCGGAGUGCUAGAAUAUAUUUGCGAAGACAAUGGAAAGAAUAUCGUAUACGAUCGAGUUAAGCACGAAAAUUGUACCAAGGAAUUGAACAACUACAUUUUUAUGUGUGCUAUGGAAAAUAUUAUGCGAAAGCAAUACGAUGACCGUAAAUCGUUCAAUCAAGAGGAUUGCAGUAUGAUCGUUCGCACUAAAAAUUGCCUUGUGAACAAACUAGCCGAAUGCUCGGUGUUUAAAGCUGCCGCUGAACUGUUCUACGAAAAUUUCGUUAAGAUAACAUCCUGUAUCAAUCAGGAAAAUUUUUAGCGACAGGACUACUUUCACAUAAUA